CUUGAACGUGAGUUAAUUGUAAUCUUACUCUCUACAUACCAAAGUGAUUUAUCUCGGAAUACAGUUGAACUUCAAUGAAAACUAAUGUGAAUCACUGAAACUAUGAAUUCCAAAUGCACUGGAAAUAAGUCGUGGCAGUGCACUGACGGCACCUGCGUAGAUAACUAUUCUUCCUGCGUUAGUCCGAGCUCAGAAUGUAGGGGUACGCUCAAUCAGUACUACUGUGGACUUCUUAAUGGAGAUAACUGUGUUUACAGUGAUCUUAGUUGCAUGAGAGAGUGUGGCAUGAAUUCAGACACAAUACAUAAGUUUGACCGUCCCUGUCCAGGCUUCCCUGGAAAGUGUACUUGGUUGUCUUUUUAUUGCCCUUUUUCAUGUGGUGGUGAUAAAGUCAAGUGUCCACAGAGUAACAGGUGUGAAAAGACAUUGGCGUUUUGUGAUCCUUGUUUCACUUUCCGAUGUGCAAAUACAGGGAUUUGUAUUGCCAGUUACAAACAGUGUAAUGGAUUCAAUGACUGUGGAGACUAUUCAGAUGAAAGGAAUUGUGGGUCUUCAGGGUCAGGGUCGUCAGGGUCAGGGUCAUCAGGGAGAGACACGACGGAUGUCAGUGGCCCAGCAGUGGACACCAUGUCUAUUGCCAUUGGAGUCUCUGUCAGCGUAGGAGUGUUCAUUUUGAUACUUGUGUGUAUUCUCUGCAUGGUACGAAAAAGGAACACGAAUCGUGGAGGACGUGGAACAGUUUUGUCACCGCGUCAACGCGGUGGUGGGCCUACCGGAGGACCAACGAUAGUUGGAGCAACCCCAAUUGCCAGACCUCCACAAAUAGCAAGCGCUUCAAGUCCUCAUGGAUCAAACUCACGGCUUCUUCCUCCCGGUCAGUUACCGUACGCAGUGGUUCCAUCGGCACCUGGUUCUUCUCAUAGUCUUAAUAGCGCUAGCAGUCAUCCUGCAGCGCCACCCCCUUCCUAUGAUGAAGUAGUUGACAACGACAGGCAGUUCAGGAUAGCAGAUACACAGCUUCCAAGUUAUGCAGAUUCAGAGCACAUCCCUCCUGUCAACCCAAAUUAUACAAGCACUAGCAGCGUAUGACGGUAUUAACCCUUGCACUGCUGAUAGACAUUGGCGCCCUCUUGUGGCGAGGAAAAAAGCAACGUGACGACAAGCUUCUAAAGGACAUUAAUUCACAUGGGGAUUCAGAGACGUUUUAUUAAAUUACGAAUGCAAAGUGGGAUACACUUUACUAUCGGGAUAUGGGCAGUUCAGCGAAAUCUUUUUUAUGCAGGAUGUAAAGUGUAUUCAGUCUUAUAAAUUCUGACAUUUGCCAAUGUGACGCAAUGGUAUACAGUACAUGUAUAUCCAAAACUCAGUUUUGCUGUGAUAAAGGUUGAAAAUGACUUGCCAGAAUCCAGAAGUUUUCGCAACAAUUUCUGUACUUGUAUCAGUGGAUGAACUAAAACCUCUAUGUAAACUGUAAGAUAUACCAUGUAAUGCUAGAUAUAUUGUGGGUAUAUAAUGUUAGAUAUAUAAUUUCUGUUGCGGUUCUAUUCAAAUUCUAUAUUUGAACUAGGAGGACCGUAAGAGCUGUUGGUGAAGACUUAAAUCAUUCUGUGUACAUUGUAUUUAUAAAAUAUAAAAUAUAUUUAAAUAUGUGUAAAAUAUUAAGCAUAAUCGACUCUGGCUAAAGGAUCCACAUGUCCCAUUUGCAUACUCGCAUAACCUGUGGUUUUCAGUUUUUACACAUGUUGACUCUAUCGGCUGAGCCAGUAUAAACAAUAGUUGAAAAUACAAGUAAUACUAAAGGUGAUUUAGAUUUGAUGAUGGUCUUUCAUGAUACUGUUUAAACUUAUGUACAUCGUGUAUAUAUUUGUAGUCGCAGUUGUAGGUGUUUUUAGCAAUGUUUUACGUUAUCUUACAACUUACUCUGCAUAAAUUAAAAAUUUUACUGUAAUUAUUAUUUUUUUACGGUGUUGUAGUGGUUACAUAGGCCUACAUGUAAAUUAUCUUUAUACUUUCAACCCUUUUGGGACUGUGCCAUUCAUAAUGACCACAAUUUUUUGUAUAUACAUGUAUAUACAGGUACGAUAUUUAUACGUAUUUAGGCAAAUGUGCAUAUAGAAAACAGAAUACAGAAAUUAGUUAGUUUUGUUCCUAUUAAAGGCAGCAAAAAUUUGCUGAGAAUCUCAAUUUUGAAAAAUCCUACAGCCAUUUCGCCUACAGCCAUUUCGCCUACAAUCAUUUCGCCUACAGCCAUUUCGCCUACAGCCAUUUCGCCUACAGCCAUUUCGCCUACAGCCAUUUUGCCUACAAUCAUUUCGCCUACAGCCAUUUCGCCUACAAUCAUUUCGCCUACAGCCAUUUCGCCUACAAUCAUUUCGCCUACAGCCAUUUCGUCUACAGCCAUUUCGCCUACAAUCAUUUUGCCUACAAUCAUUUUGCCUACAAUCAUUUCGCCUACAGCCAUUUCGCCUACAGCCAUUUUGCCUACAGCCAUUUUGCCUACAGCCAUUUUGCCUACAAUCAUUUCGCCUACAAUCAUUUUGCCUACAGUCAUUUUGCCUACAGCCAUUUCGCCUACAGCCAUUUCGCCUACAAUCAUUUCGCCUACAGCCAUUUCGCCUACAAUCAUUUCGCCUACAGCCAUUUCGCCUACUAGCCAUUUCGCCUACAAUCAUUUCGCCUACAGCUAUUUCGCCGUACACACUUUAAAGUGAUCCAAUUAAUCCAGUAACCAAAUUAGAGCUUCAACAACAACAAAUUAGUGUAUGAUGAUUGGGACUCUAAAAGGGAAAUGGGAUACAAUCCUCUGCAACAUAGGGCCAAACAUAUUUCUAUCCAAUAUUGUUGAAACAUUUUUAUAUGCAUUGAUUAAUGAAUAAACAUAAU